UGAGAAGCCCGGAGCCGCUGCUCGGCUUGCAUGCAUGCAUGCAGCCUACUCCAGGGCACUGGCAGCUGAGGACCACCCCACACCUCCUACACACAGCACCCCCGCCCCCACCUCCCUGGGCCUCUUCCCUCCCCCAACCCCCUCCCACCCAAAGGAUCCCCUGGAUCUGUGGGAUUGUUAGAUGGAAAGCGGUUCUAUCAUCACCCAAGUGCAGAGGGAAGAAGCCCUGGUGCUUGCAAAACAAGGCUUGGUGUCCAGGUCUUCUCCCAAGAAGCCUCGUGGCCGGAACAUAUUCAAGGCGCUUUUCUGUUGCCUCCGCACACAGAAUGUUGGUCAGUCGGGCUGCGGCGGGGAGCAUGCACUGCACAAGGAGGAACCCAGCACCAUCGCUAAGUCCGAUCUGCUGCAGUGUCUUCAGUACCAGUUCUACCAGAUUCCCGGGACGUGCCUGCUCCCCGAGGUGACUCAGUGGGACCAGGGCAGGAUCUGCGUGGUGAUCGACCUGGAUGAGACGCUGGUGCACAGCUCCUUUAAGCCAAUCAACAAUGCUGACUUCAUAGUGCCUGUGGAGAUAGAGGGGACCUUGCACCAGGUCUAUGUGCUCAAGAGACCCUUCGUGGACGAAUUCCUGAGGCGGAUGGGGGAGCUGUUUGAGUGUGUCCUCUUCACUGCCAGCCUGGCCAAGUACGCCGACCCGGUGACGGACCUUCUGGACAAGUGCGGCGUGUUCCGUGCGCGGCUCUUCCGGGAGUCCUGCGUCUUCCACCAGGGCUGCUACGUCAAAGACCUGAGCCGCCUGGGCCGGGACCUGCACAAGACGCUCAUCCUGGACAACUCGCCGGCCUCCUACAUCUUCCACCCGGAGAACGCGGUGCCUGUCCAGUCCUGGUUUGAUGACAUGGCGGACACAGAGCUGCUCAACCUCAUCCCCAUCUUCGAAGAGCUGAGCGAAGCUGAGGACGUUUAUACCAGCCUCGGCCAGCUGCGGGCGCCGUAGAGCUUCCAGCGCCCUGGCGGCCCAUUUCUGCAGGGGACUUUCACUCAGUGCCUUCGCUAGCAGCCGGGAGGAGGUGGCCGGGCAAGGAGUCGGCUCCCGGGCCCCAGUGGCAGUGCCAGAGCCCUCGCCUCUCGGACCGGGGCGCAGGACGGGAUGUUGGAUUGCAGAGCAGGGAAAUCUCUGUAGCCCCGGUCACGGGUCUGAGCCCAUCCCCUGGUAGCCCUGGGGUCUCUGCACUGCGGGGCGCAGGGCUCCCCACACUCCGACUCGCAAACGGGGCUCUGCUUCCCACCCCGCUCGCCUCCCUGACACACAGCGCCUGCGGAUUCCACACGGGGGGCCUGGCUGGGUGACUCCUGCCAUGGGGGGUGGGGAGGGUUGUGCAUCCCAAUGCCUCCCCUCUCCCCCUACAUGCAACCGCCUGAACAGCCAGCCAGCCUCCCGGCAGGACGGCACUCCAGCGCUCCAAGGGCAAACGCCAGCUGCCCCCGGCCCCUGGAGGCGUUGCACAUGGCGGGGCAGCUGCUGCGGCACCUUUGCUGUGGCUUUCUCCGAAUCCUAGUCCCACUGCCGGUGCCUGGGGCUGGGCCAGAGCCCUGCCUUUGCCGUCCCCACCUCCCAGUCUCGUCCUCCCAUGUGGAGCCACUGAUCCCAUUCCCUGUAACCCUCUCCUCCAGGAUGCACCUGCUGAGGCCUCUGGAGCUGGAGCCAGGCCUGUCUGGGGUCAGCAUCCCACUCCCCAGUUCCUCCCCGCCCCAGUGAGGCCCAGGCCCAGGGCGACUCAUAUCCUGCGGGAGCCUCUCCAUCCUCCCUUGUCCCUUAGCCUGCUCCUUCCAGGAGCUGGGUCUCCAGCCCCACCAGAUUCCUCCUCCCUGGCCUGGAUCCCAGCCUCGGGCCAGCGUUGCUCUGAAGGAUGUUCCUGGAGCAGCCCCGGCUGGGCUCCGUGACACCCGACAGCUGCCGUUGCCCAGUGGAGCCGAGAUCCUUGCCUCAUACCAAUUGCCGCUCGGCUCCAAAGGACGGGGAGAUGCUGAGAGCGGCCCAGCCAGAGGCUGCCGAGUUGACGGGUAACGUUAAACCAAAGCCGCGCUCCACCUCCCUAGCUGGAUUAGCCCAAAGCAGGGGCCGGGGGGAGCACCUUUGAGCUGCAGGGAGAGGGUCACAUUGGCCUUGCGCUGCUACAGUCCAAAGCCGCGUCCUCCAUCUCGGGGACCAGGCCCACCGCCCUGCCUUAACUGCUGCCCUCCAUCCGGGGCAUGGGGCCCACGGAAACAAGCUGCAUCCUCCUCCUCCACCAGACUGCCUGGGCAAAGACCCUAACAUCCCCUCCGUGGGGUGCCGAAGGGGUCGGGAGCCACAUAUUCAGUGCGAGAAGCCCCCCACUGAAGUCCCCGUGUGGUGACGUCUUCAGCUUCAACAGCUCCUGCAGGUGGUCUCAGGAAACGCCCACUGGAGCUGAGCCCUUGGGCGAUACGAGACUUUGGCACCAGCCACCCCCCACCCCCAGCUCUGCGUUGUGCUGACCCCAGCUCAGCUUGACUUCCCCAGACCAGCCUGGCGAGGCAGGGCCCUUCCUCUGCCCUCCGGCUCUCGGCUCUCCCAGCAUUCCACCAAGGUGGUGCCACAACACAACCCCGCAAGGCCCGGAGGCAUCUGCCGGGCUGGAGUUGGUGGCAUGUCAUAGCCGUGGCCAGCCCGACGAGUGGUGGUUGCUCCAGCCACCUCUGCCACUCCGGCAUCGGCAGCCGCCCCUCUCCAUCUCGGUGCCUUCCCCUCCCUGCUGCACCUUCCGCUUUGGCCUUUCCAAAGAGAACCAGCUCUUCGUCCAAGCCAAAUGUCGACCGGGUUGCAGGCAGUAUCCCCGCUCCUGGGGGGUGAGCCCCGAGGGGGCUCUCGGGAGGGUUGGGGCCUGGCGCACAGUCCCUCCAGACUGGCAGCAGGACAGACUCUGCUGGGCUGUUACACUGUCAAAUGCCAUUAGGCCGCAGGCCAGUCCCUGCUGUGCCGGGGGCACCCCCGUCUGGGUCUGACCCCCGUGUCUGACCCGCUUCACUUCCGUGAGCCAGAUCCGGAGGCAGCUGUGCCCCAUGGCCAGCUCGGGCUGGCUCCCACCGGCAGCUUGGUGGGUCACUGCCAAGCCCCAGACGCGAGGAGGGCACCAUGGGACCAAAACUGUGAGACCCGUGCCUGGCUGGGCCCUGGGGCAGGCCGCCCCCUUCCUGUUCUCAGGCCCAGCUAGGAAGGGCCAGGACCUGUCCGAGUGACUCAGAAGGAGCAGGGCCGCCAGCCUAGGCUUGGGGUCGGAGGAGCCGGGUGCAGUGAGUGGGGCCAAUGGAAACCUCCCCCCCCCCCACAGGUCUCCUCUGCCCCUCAGUGACCGGAUCCUUACAGGGGAGAUGUUAGUGGGUGCUGGGAGCGGGGACUCCAGCUGUGCAGGGGGAGCCCGGCAGGGAGCAGUGGAGCACCAGGACCGAUGGGUGGCAGGGGGGGGCACCCCAGCUUAUACUAAAUACAGGUUUCCUCUCCCCCCUCGAAUUCCCUCCCUCCUCGGGACACAACUCUUUAAAUUGAGCUUCUCAGGACCCUUCUAGGGUGUGAAAUUGGUCCCUUGUUUGCUUCCCCUCCCCCCAGGUGGGGGAACCAUCUCACUCCUAUCUUGGGGUUACCGCAUCUGACCUGUUCUCCCUCCCGCCCCAGCCCCACCCCUGCACAUACCUGGGGGACCUCCCCCAGCAUCCAGUCCAGCCCCACUCCUGUCAACGGCCUCUGGUGAGUUACCCCGC